AGACUCGGGAUCAGCUGUGGCCGGGUCAUGGAUGCUGCGUGUUGAGUCUCGCUUAUUUACACCCAUUUUAACGCCCCCCGCAGCUGCCACACGGACCUGUAUAUAUCAAAAUGGCGUCAAUAUUACCCAGGGAAUUCACACGAGCGCUGGCGAGGACGAGAGGACUGUGCAGUGCGAGUAUUGGAGGGCGCCGCGAGGACAGGACAGUGCGGCGCCUGCUGGAGGGGCUGCGGGCGGGGCAGAGGGCCAGCCUGGCUGAGGCCAUCACACUUGUGGAAACCUCUCACCCAAAAAAGAAGCAGCAGGCGGGGCAACUGCUGGCCACGGUGCUGCGGGAUGCCAGCAAGCAGCAUGCGGCGAGGGGCACGCAGGCCCUCAGCUUCAGGAUAGGGCUGUCUGGGCCACCUGGGGCAGGAAAGUCCACCUUCAUUGAGAGCUUUGGCAAGUUCCUGACGGCACAGGGCCACCGCGUGGCCGUGCUGGCCGUGGACCCAUCCUCUGCCACCACAGGCGGCUCACUGCUUGGGGACAAGACCAGGAUGCCAGAGCUCUCCAAGGACCCCAGGGCCUACAUCCGGCCGUCACCGUCGCGGGGCCACCUGGGUGGCGUGACACGCUCUACCAACGAGGCCGUGGUGCUGUGUGAGGCGGCUGGCCACGACGUGGUGGUGGUGGAGACCAUAGGCGUAGGGCAGAGCGAGUUCUCUGUAGUGGACAUGGUGGACAUGUUCGCCCUGCUAAUCCCCCCCGGUGGCGGCGACGAGCUGCAGGGCCUCAAGCGUGGCAUCAUGGAGAUGAGCGACCUGGUGGUGGUGAACAAGAGUGACGGGGACCUGGUGGCCGCCGCCCGCCGGAUGCAGUACGAGUACAUCUCGGCACUCAAGUUCAUCCGGCCCAAGAGUGCCUGCUGGAAGACACCGGUGAGGCGCAUCUCCUCCCUCACGCAGGAGGGAAUCCCAGAGCUGUGGCAGGUGAUGCUGGAGUUCCGGCGCACCAUGGAGGACAGCGGGGAGUUUGUGGGGCGUAGGAAGACCCAACGGCGGGCCUGGCUGUGGACGCACCUCAGGGACAAUCUGCUGGCUGCUUUCAGGGACACGCCAGGCAUGAGGGAGCGGAUACAGGAGGCAGAGGUGCAGGCCAUGGAAGGGACGGUGUCUCCAGGGGAUGCUGCAGACCAGCUGCUGCUCCUGCACAUUGCACAGCUUCAGAAAGCAUCACAAACUUAGAUCUAAAAACUGAUAGAAUAACCAAAACUUUAUGUUCCUGUAAAGUUUUAUCCAGUAUCGUCCUUUUUAUGAGAUUACUUCACUAUCUUGAAUCUGAACCUGUGUUUAUGCCUGUGUGUGUGUUGGGGGUGGUGUGUGAAGUGGAGGUAUAGACAUGCGGUGAUGUUUCUCUGUGACAAAGAUAUGUUCCUGAAGUUUAUCAUGUUAUAAAGUCAUUAAUGUGUUACAGGUGAUGAGAUAUUAAUGACAAGAGGAUUAAAUGAGAAGGAAAUGUGGGGACAGAAAUAGACUGAUGGAAGGAGUGUAUAGUGACAGACAUGAGUUAUUGAUGUAUGUGUAUGUAAUUAUUUCUUUUCCUUGGUGCAUCUUAAUUAUGUAUUGUCCAAAUUGAGAUUAUAAACAACAAGGUAGCAAGUACUAGAGGACCAAACAUAGAAAGCUGUAAGAAUAUGUUUUUUUUUUUUUAUGUAUGAAUUUUGUAUAAAGACAGAAUUGUUUAUAUUGCAUCUUUUAUAGUAUUAUGUAUUCUUGUGUAGGAACUUAUUAAACUUUGUACAUA